AGCAUUAGGUUCCCAGAGGUAGAUACAACACUUCCGGAGGUUGGAUCUGAUGCUCUGCUCGUCAUCCGGGAGGGUGUGUCCAAUCCUAUGUGUCCGUAUAAAUUUGAGACAGGCAUUCGGAGACAGCGAGGCUUUUCUAUCAUCGGUGUUCGGGAGGUAUGUCUUGUUUGUUGAUAACGGUUGUCGGCGACCAAUUUGAGGAAAAUGGUUGAGUGGGAAGAGACGACGAGAUGCCCACAUGAUACGAUAAAAGGACCAGUCGCCCCGGAAUCGUGGAUCUACAGCUUAGAACCCCAAUAGAAAAUAAUCCGCGUAUCCCUAACGAGUAGGUUUGGCUCUCUAAUUAUUUCAGAUUGAUCCUAAUUGUACUCGUACUAGUGGCUCCAGUUUCCGUGAUCCUAUGUACUGUACAAGCUAUUGACGUUGGUCGAAUCAUAUGGGCCUUUCACCAACACCUGUUGGAUGCCUUGUCGUCUUGGCCCCGAUGACCUUUCGUUGGAUCGUAAUAUAUUUCAGGGUGGGUUUGGUCUGUGCGAUUUGGUGGAUAAAGGAGACACUCACUCCGCGUGAUCUCAGGCCCCACUGGGACGAACUACACGGUCGAGGGUUACGAGAAGGGUCGUGUGACAAAAGUGGCCACAUCCGCCUUUGAUCCCAUUUUG